AACCUAACCAGGGAUUGGAACGCACAGAAUAAUUUCUCAUUUGGCAGAGUAGCACGUCAGAUCUAUUCGACGUGCGAGUGGGCAGCCAGCGGGCCGAAGAGCCAGAGAAAUGGCGGAAUCCGGCGGUGGGAUCGAGGUGACGAGCAUGCAGUUCGCCUACGAUGGCCGUCAACCGAUUUUUGCGCGCUUCAGCCUCAAGGUCUCUCCUGGUUCUCGCUGUCUGCUCAUCGGAGCUAAUGGAUCUGGCAAGACUACUCUGCUAAGGAUUUUGGCAGGAAAACACAUGGUAGGAGGAAGGGAUGUUGUCAGAGUCCUUAAUUGUUCAGCUUUUCAUGAUACACACCUUGUUUGUAGUGGAGAUCUUGCUUACUUGGGAGAAUCUUGGAGCAAAACUGUUGGUUCCACUGGUGAUGUUCCACUCCAAGGUGAUUUCUCAGCGGAGCACAUGAUAUUUGGAGUUGAAGGGGCUGAUCCACUUAGGAGGGAGAAACUGAUUGACCUGCUUGAUAUUAACUUGCAAUGGAGGAUGCAUAAAGUUUCAGAUGGCCAGCGCCGUCGUGUCCAAAUUUGCAUUGGCCUUCUUCAGCCAUACAAGGUAUUGUUGCUCGAUGAGGUGACGGUCGACCUAGAUGUCGUCACAAGAAUGGAUUUGCUCGAUUUCUUCAAGGAAGAGUGUGAACAGAGAGGAGCUACCAUUGUUUAUGCCACCCAUAUAUUUGAUGGCUUAGAGGCCUGGGCGACAGACUUGGCCUAUAUCCAAGAAGGGGAGUUGAGAAGAUUAGCAAAAGUAGCUGAUAUUCAAGAGCUAAAAGAUGCCAAAAACUUGCUCUCUGUUGUUGAAUCAUGGCUUCGGUCUGAGACCAAGCUACCCAAGAAGGAACUUAUUGGUUUCCAUGCAAAGUCUACUGGGUCUUCUUCUCCCUUUGAUGCGUCUCCCUUCAGAUCUUCAAGGCAUAUGGCAUACUACCGUUGAACUUAAAAUAUUUAUUGCAAACAGAGACAAGAACUAGUUUACUAUGUAUUUUACCUUACAGGUGAUGUGAAAUUCGUGAAUUGAAAUGGGUAAAUGCAUAAAUGGUUAUUACAGAAUGCAGAUUGUUUGUCACAUAGUGUAAGCAAGUCUUUAAGACUUUGCUAUUGGAUUUGUAAUAUUGUACUGUUAUGUCAGUAAUAAUUAUGAUUAUAUUUGAUUAAACUUGAGGAG